AUGGCCAACAUAGUCAAGGACAAGCGUGAUGACCUCGAAAGCAUGACAAGUGCCAAGUACAUUGAAGAGCUUGCAGAUGGCGGAACCAAUUUAACUGAGGAUGCUGCUGAACAGGAGCUCGAGUCCAAGCUUCGCUGGAAGCUAGACUGGCACAUUGUUCCCUUGACCAGCGUCAUCUUCUGGAAUGCAAGAAUCGCCGGCCUAGAAAAGAACCUCAACAUGCACGGAUACCAGUUCAACAUUGCCCUCUCCGUAUUCUACGUCUCCUACAUCCUCUUUGAGAUCCCCAGCAACAUGGUCUGCAAGUGGAUGGGCCCGGGACGUUUCAUCCCCGUCGCCACCUUCUGCUUCGGGGUCCUGACCAUGUGCACCGGCCUGGUCCGCGAUUUCUCGAGCCUCUGCGGCGUCCGCUUCCUGCUCGGAAUCUUCGAGGCCGGCAUCAUGCCGGGGCUCGUGUACUACCUCUCGCGAUGGUAUCGCCAAAGCGAAAUGACCUUUCGAAUCUCCCUCUUCAUCGUGUCCGGGUCGCUGGCGGGCGCGUUCGGCGGUCUCCUGGCCUCGGCGAUUUUGAAGAUUCCCAGCAUCGGCACGCUUCACUCGUGGAGGAUGAUUUUCGUCAUCGAGGGCAUCGCCACCUGUCUCCUGGGGAUCGGCAGCUGGUUCGUCAUGGCCAACGACCCCCGCACCGCUCGCUGGCUCUCCGAGUCGGAGCGCGCCCUCGCCCUGCGCCGGCUGCGCAGCGAGCGCCCGGCCGAAGGCGCCGAGCUCGUCGACGCCUUCAACUGGACCAAGAUUCGGCGCGGCAUCCUCAAUCCCGUCGUCCUCGCCACCGGCUGGAUCUUCCUCCUCAACAGCGUCAUCGUCCAGGGCGCCUCCUUCUUCCUGCCCACCCUCGUCGCCGCCAUCUUCCCGGACCGCAGCGUCACCACCAAGCAGCUGCUGACCGUGCCGCCCUACGUGCUCGGCGCGCUCUGCUGCAUCGGCACCAGCUACGCCAGCUGGCGGCUGAACCGCCGCGGCGUCUUCCUGAUCCUCUGCGCGGUGGUGCCGGCGGUCGGCUACGCGCUGUUCAUCGCGACGCCGCGCGCGGACGUCCGCUACGGGGCCAUCUUCCUGCCCUUCUUCGGCAUCUACACGUACGGCGCGCUGACCAACUCACACGCGGCGGCCAACGUGGCGUCCGACACGGCGAGGUCCUCGGCGAUCGCGACGAAUGUCAUGUUGGGUAAUAUGGGAGGGCUGGCGGCUUCUUGGGCGUACGUGCCGUCCGAUGCGCCCUUGUAUAACAUCGGUACGGGCCUCAACCUGGCUUCCAUGACGUCGGUGAUCAUCACUGCCACUGCGUUGUACUUCUGGGUCAGGAGGGACAAUAGGCGUCGCGACGAGCUCGAUCCCGUAACAGAACUGAGCGGUCUAGAUGCGUCUGAGAUUCAAAACCUCGACUGGAAGCACCCUGAAUUUCGCUGGCGGAAUUGA